CACCCAUUGCAUCGCAGGAUAACCAGACAGGAACACGUUUUCAGGAAUGGGUAGUGCCAUGAUGGGUGUGCGUAAGCGCUGAACACUUGGGGGUACACUGGGCUCUGGAAUGGCCACGGGGCUUGGGCUUUAAGAGUAUAAUACAUCUUCCAGCCACUCGUCAAGGAGCAGCCAGCAACGCACAAUCAGCGCAGCCAAGGAGACAAGAGAGAAACUUUCCCCCGAAUACCCGAUUUAGAGAGGGGGAGAAAAAAGCUGAGCCGCGCACACAAAAGCAUUCUUGGCUUUCAACAAAAACAAUAACUUUGCAAAAUCAUUUACUUAAAAAAAAAUUAAAGGAGAUAGGCGUAACGCAUCUGCGUAACCGGCAAGAAUCCGCUACUUUUAUUGAACAUAGCUAGUGAAAUUGGCCUACAAAAAACGGAUUGAGUGCUGCAGCAACAGCGAAUAUUUUUUUUUUGUAUAAAAAAAAAACAACAGAAUGGAUUUCAAAACACGAUUCAGGUUGGCAUUUCUUUCACUUGGUCUUGUUCUUCAUGCGUCCGUCAUGGGUGACAACAAUAUGACUGCGGCCAAGGGGAAUAUGUCAAACACACCUACUACCCAGCUCCCCCAAAACACUUCCACUAUAGUUCCGACCAUGACAGAAAACACUAUGAAUGCAAGCACCAAACCAACAGUCACUGCUGAGCCCACGACCACACGAGCCACUGGCUCUGCCCCAGAUAACACUUCUGUAGAUAAAGCUACCACUUACACUACAACCAAUCAGACGGAACCCAGUCUCCCCCCCGGUACUGGCAGCAUGGUCGCGUCCACAACAGCUAAUGCCAUUGGGACCACUUCUCAACCUGAGGUGAACAAAACCAUGAGCAGAGCUACUGCCCCCACAAUGACCACGAACGCUUCUCCUCCUGUAACCACGAACACGGAGUUAGCAACAUUUCUGACAACCCGACCCAACGAGGCCAUCACCAAAAGUGUGAGACCGACCAUAACACUUUCUACACCAUUGUCAGAGUCAUCCUCUUCCUCCGAGCCCAACUCCACAAGCAAUCCAGCGCCACCCAUGUCCAACACACGCACAGUUUUGGUGCCCACAACCCCGGCCAAGACAACAGCUAGCCAGUCAAUAAAGAAAGAAGAAAUCAUGGAACCAAGCGGGUUGGUGCCAACAACUCCGGCCAAGACAACAGCUAUCCUGCCAAAUGACAAAAACAUUAAAACGGAACCAAGCGGGUUGGUGCUCACAACUCCGGCCAAGACAACAGCUAUCCUGCAAAAAGACAAAAACAUUAAAACGUUUUGUAUGACCAAAGGAGAUAAAGAGAUGCACAACAGUACAGAACUGGUGAACCUCUGCAAUGAUGUGAUGUCCCAUUUGAAGGAUGGUGCCAAAUGUUCUCUGACAAUAAGGGGGUCCAAAGAUAACAAUGACAAGACCAUUGACAUCACCGUGUCCGGCAGUGUGGAUCCCUUGGUCAUGGAUCAAUUUGAAAAAGAAACUAUACCAAAUGACAAAACAACCUUGAUUGCCAUUAUUACAUCCUGCGGAGCCGUGCUGGCCAUGAUUAUAGGCUUCAUCAUUUACGCGUCCUUCUACCGUAAGCCCUACAAGAAGAAUCACCAGCUAUACCUGACGGAGGAAUUGCAGACCGUGGAGAACGGUUACCACGACAACCCGACCCUGGAGGUGGAGGCGCAGCCGGAGAUGCAGGAGAAGAAGGUGGCCCUGAAUGGCGAGUACAACGACUGCUGGAUUGCACCCUUCGACUGCCUGCCUAAAGAGGGCAUUCCCCCAGAGGAGGAAGACACACACCUGUAGGCAGGAACAAGGACAGACCGUAGCGCUACUGGACCUCUCCCUAGACAAAACGAUGCCAGACACUACCCUCCCUACACUGUUACAAGGGUCUGUGCGAAAAUAAUAAAUAAUACCCGGCCUAAAAAGGUGGCAGUCCCGUUGCUAUGGCCAUAGAAAGUCCUCGGCCAAAUGUGCAUUUCAAUGUGCACCCGAGCACCUGUAUAUAGUAUAUAUAUUUAUAUAUAUAUAUGUUUUUAUGAGCAAAUGAAGGGAGCGUAAACUUUCUAAUCUGUAACACUACUUGCCUGGUAAAAUACCAAUAGUAAUGCGUCAGAGAAACAGACCUCAGGAUAAAGUGAAAUUAACAUCCUGGUGACUUAAUAAAAAUACUACUGUAAAUUAGCACUGGCAAACUUGCGGUGGCUGCUGUAUGGCAGCC